AUGUCCGCAACUACAUCUGCGGACAAUCACAACAAUCCUCAAACUUUUCAAAGGAUAGCCACAAAAUAUUUUCUUUCAUGCAAUGCUGCGUUGGUUGCCGAAUCUGUCACUUAUCCUCUGGAUAUCACCAAGACUCGUCUACAAAUUGCAAAAAAUAAAUUUACACGAGGUGGAAUGAUUCAGGUGACAUUGGAUAUUAUUCGAAGAGAAGGCGCGCUUGCGUUAUGGACUGGAGUUGGUCCAGCAAUUACAAGGCAUUAUAUUUAUACGGGGAUUCGAAUGGGAGCCUAUGAACAGAUAAGAAAUUUGACUUAUCAUCGAGAUGUAAGUGUUUUAUAUUAGAUGUUGAAAGAAACAAUUGAGUUUUCAGAGUGAGAAAUCUUAUCCAUUAUGGAAAUCAAUGGCGACAGGAGCUGUUUCAGGAUGUGUUGCACAAUUUGCAGCAAGUCCCACUGAUCUUGUUAAAGUUCAAAUGCAAAUGGAAGGUCUUCGAAGAUUACAAAAUCAACCACUUCGAUAUACGGGAGCUAUCGAUUGUUUCCGCUCACUUUAUCGAACUCAAGGAUUUUUCGGUUUAUGGGUUGGAUGGUUGCCGAAUUGUCAAAGAGCCGCACUUUUGAAUAUGGCUGAUAUUGCGACUUAUGAUAAUGUAAAACAUGGAUUGAUUGAUAAUUUGAAAAUGAAAGAUAAUUGGAUUGUUCAUGCGAUGGCAAGUAGUUGUGCUGGUUUAGCUGCGGCUAUUGUUUCUCUUCCAUCAGAUGUUGUCAAAACACGAAUGAUGGAUCAAAUAAGACAUGAGCUAGACGCUAAGAUGUAAGGUUUUCAGUUUUUUUUUUCAUAAUUUUCAAAAUGAACAUUUCCAGGCAACACAAGAAAAACACACAUGUUGUCCUUUAUAACGGAGUAAUUGAUUGUUAUAUCAAAAUCAUCAAAAACGAGGGAUUUUUCUCGCUAUAUAAAGGAUUUAUCCCAUCUUAUAUUCGAAUGGCACCAUGGUCUCUCACCUUUUGGGUUUCAUACGAGAAAAUUCGAGAAUUGACAGGAGCUUCAAGUUUUUAA